UACUCCUUCAAACAUCUUUUGCCUUUUUUCUUAUUUUGCAGGCAACCUGCAGGCCCCUCUGGGUUACGACAAGUUCAGCUACUCGUGGCGCAGCAAGAAGGGCACCCGGUUCCACCAGUCGAUAGGGAAGCAUUACUCGUCUGGCUACGGUCAGGGAGACACGCUGGGCUUCUUCAUCGAGCUGCCGGACGGCACGGAGACGGCCAAAGCUCUGCCGGACACGUACAAGGACAAGGCGCUGAUUAAGUUCAAGAGCUACCUGUACUUUGAGGAGAAGGACUACGUGGACAAAGCAGAGAAAAGCCUGAAGUCCAUGAGCUCCAGCAGGAUGAUAUUCUUUAAGAACGGCGUGAGCCAAGGCGUCGCCUAUGAGAACCUGUUUGAAGGAAUGUACUUUCCCGCCAUCUCUCUCUACAAGAGCUGCACGGUUUCGGUCAACUUCGGGCCACUUUUCAGACACGCUCCAAAAGACCUCAAGUACCAGCCGAUGAGUGACAUGGGCUCGGGAGCUGUGAUCGAACACACACUGGCCGACAUGCUGUUCCACGUGGAGACGGAUGUGGACGGACGACGCAGCCCGCCGUGGGAAGGAUGAACACGGCCCCCGAAUUCAGUACGCCCCCCCUCCCCCCACACACUGAAAUGUCAAAACAUUGCACCACAAGCUGCAGUCAGCUGUGGCUCAGAGAAGUCGUGUCUGAUUUCUACUAGUUUUGCAAAACAGGAAGUUAAAAGCUAACAAAUAGGCUCUAAACCGAUCACAGAGCUGGACGGCUGCUUACUGUGCAGACGUCCGCUCUGAACAUUUAACGACUAAAUCAGCUUCUGCUGUAGAAUCUGUAUAUGUUGAAGUUA